GUGAGUGAGUGUUAUGUGCCUUUGGAAGUGCUGGGAGCUUGAUGGGAAUGUUUGAUUAGCUCCACUCAAAAAAGAAAAGGUGCCCAGGCCUCCUUUUCCUGCCUGUUUCUGAUUCUUUAGACUAACGUUGACUGAAGUUUGUGGUGCAGAAAAACUUGGAAAAAAUACCACAUUCAUACUGUGAGGAGAAAGGGAAUACACCUCAGGCAAGUGCACUUUACUGAACCUGCUGAUUUUGUUGUUCUUGACAUGAAGGCAUCAAUCAUUGCAACCUUCUUUGCUUUGUUUCUGACUUGUACAUAUGCAACUAAAGAAGCCACAAAGAAGAACAAAAAGGCUAAACUAUAUGUACCUGAGAUAGACUGCGAUAUCAAAGCAGGGAAGAUAAUCAAUCCAGAAUUCAUUGCAAAAUGUCCACCAGGAUGUCAAGACAUAAAAUACCGUGUUUAUGGCACCAACAUUUACGCUUCUUUUUCCACUGUGUGCAGUGCUGCUAUUCACAGUGGUGCAAUUGACAUCUCAGGAGGGAAAAUCCUUGUUCAGAAAGUUGCUGGACAAUCUGGUUACAGAGGGAGCUUCUCCAAUGGAAUCCGAUCCUUGUCCCUACCACGCUGGAGGGAGUCCUUCAUUGUUUCAGAAGGCAAACCAAAGAAAGGUGUGACAUACCCAUCAACUCUUGAAUAUGCUUCCUCAAAAAGCUCACCUGUUAAAACAGAAUCUAAAAAAUCAGCACACGAUAUAAAAGCUACCAGGAAUACAGACACCUCUAAUGCAUCAGAAAAAUCACCUGAACAAGCCGAUGCACUCCGCAAAGAAUAUCAGACGUCUCCGGGACCGGUACCAACUACACAGGUUACCACCACAACUCUGAAGCCCACCAUGACUCCAGAACUCAUCAGCACAACACCAAAGCCAACUACAUCCCCUGCAACAACCAGCACUACAACUGCUAUUACUGCUGCCAAACCUCGACCUGCAGUGCAUAGGGUCAGGGAUAUAGGUCCUAGCAGUGUCCAUCCAGUUUACUCAGCUGUGGCAGCUGCAGCAGCAAGGCAGGUUCAGGCCGCACAAGGAAGAGGCCAGAAUCAAGCAUCCAGGAGUACUUCACCCUAUGCAAGUAACAGAAAUAUUCCUCGAGCCAAUACAGGUAUUCAACGCCAAGAGCCUGUUGCAGCCUUCCAGAAACCUGCCGGGUCUCCAGUCCAUCUCGGAAAGGUCUACACUUUGGAAACUGACUUGUGGAAACCUGGAUCAAGCCUUUUUGACACAGGCUUCAGUUCAAAGGAAGACUUGAAUCUGAAACCUUUGGAACCAGUUUCCCAGGGAAAUCCAAAUUGCAAAGUUGAUUUAUCCUUCUUGAUUGAUGGGAGCUGGAGCAUCGGUAAACGCCGUUUUCAGAUCCAAAAACAAUUCCUCAGUGAUGUGGCUCAAGCUCUUGAUGUUGGCGUAGCUGGUCCUCUCAUGGGCAUUGUUCAGUAUGGCGAUGACCCUUCUACAGAAUUUAACCUCAAAACUCAUGCAAACUCCAGGGAUGUGAAAAAUGCCAUUGAGAAAAUUCCACAGAAAGGAGGACGUUCUAAUGUUGGGAAGGCACUUUCAUUUGUUAACAAAAACUUCUUUUUGGAUUCCAAUGGAAACCGAGGUGGAGCACCCAAUGUGGCCAUAGUGCUGGUGGAUGGAUGGCCCACCGAUAAGGUAGAGGAGGCCUCCAGACUGGCAAGAGAAUCUGGAAUCAACAUUUUCUUUGUCACCAUUGAAGGAGCUGAUGAAAACGAAAAACAGAAUGUUAUUGAACCCAACUUUGUGGACAAGGCUGUAUGCAGAACAAAUGGCUUCUAUUCCAUUAACGUGCCAAGCUGGUUCAACCUACGCAAGGUAGUCCAGACCUUGGUGAAGCGGGUCUGUGACACUGAUCGACUGGCUUGCAGCAAGACGUGUCUAAAUUCAGCUGACAUUGGCUUUGUAAUUGAUGGUUCCAGCAGCGUUGGCACUGGCAAUUUCCGCACUGUCCUCCAAUUUGUAGCCAACAUAAGCAAAGAAUUUGAGAUUUCAGACACCGACACUCGUAUUGGAGCUGUGCAGUACACCUAUGAGCAGAGGCUGGAGUUUGGAUUUGACAAACACAGCACUAAGCAAGAUGUUCUGAAUGCUAUUAAGCAAAUUAACUACUGGAGUGGAGGGACCAGCACUGGAGCAGCCAUCAGCUAUGCCUCUGAACAGCUCUUCAGCAAAUCUAAACCCAACAAGAGGAAGAUAAUGAUUCUCAUUACAGAUGGCAGGUCUUAUGAUGAUGUCCGAGUGCCAGCCAUGACAGCUCAUCAAAAUGGGGUCAUAGCUUAUUCCGUUGGAAUUGCAUGGGCAGCCCAGGAUGAACUGGAAUCCAUUGCAACAGACCCGGAUAAAGAGCAUUCCUUCUUCGUGGAUGAAUUUGACUAUCUCUACAAAUUUGUUCCUAGGAUCAUCCAGAACAUUUGUACAGAGUUUAAUUCACAACCCCGGAACUGAUGCAAGUAGACAAAGCAUUAUACUGACGCUGGGUCACUGGGUAUCAUGCAGAAAAUACACAAAAUGCUAUACAAGUAAUGCCAGCUAUGAGUCCAAGAAAUACUAGAAGAGUUAUUCUCUGGCAUUUUUCAGUUAACAAAGCUGAUUUCAGAUCUAUUCCUUAUGCAUGAGAAAGCUCUGUGUAGACGGGCAUUUUUAUUUUAACUUUUUUGCUGGCUUCAAAACUCUGACUUGGUUGGCUAGACAAAGAUAGUUACAACCCUUGAAAAGAUAAAUCAAGUGACUCAGCUUUGUAGAUUGAAAAUUUGUUUCCAGAAGAGAGGUUUGAAAAGGUUUUUCAAUGUAGA